CGGGGGCGAAGGAGGAGCGAACCGGGCUUGGGGGGCGGCUGCACAGUCUCCGGGAUCCCCAGGCCUGGAGGGGGGUCUGCGCGCGGCCGGCUGGCUCUGCCCCGCGUCCGGUCCCGAGCGGGCCUCCCUCGGGCCAUCCCGAUGUGACCAGGCCCAGCGGAGCCUGAGCGAGGAGCGGGUCCGUCGCGGAGCCGGAGGGCGGGAGGAACAUGACAUCGCGGAGAUGGUUUCACCCAAAUAUCACUGGCGUGGAGGCCGAAAACCUACUGUUGACAAGAGGAGUUGAUGGCAGUUUUUUGGCAAGGCCCAGUAAAAGUAACCCUGGAGACUUCACCCUUUCCGUUAGAAGAAAUGGCGCUGUCACCCACAUCAAGAUUCAGAACACUGGUGAUUACUAUGACUUGUAUGGAGGGGAGAAGUUUGCCACUUUGGCUGAGUUGGUUCAGUAUUACAUGGAACAUCAUGGGCAAUUGAAAGAGAAGAAUGGAGACGUUAUUGAGCUCAAAUAUCCUCUGAACUGUGCAGAUCCUACCUCUGAAAGGUGGUUUCAUGGACACCUCUCUGGAAAAGAAGCAGAGAAGUUACUAACUGAGAAAGGAAAACACGGGAGCUUUCUGGUACGAGAGAGCCAGAGCCACCCUGGAGAUUUUGUUCUCUCUGUCCGAACUGGUGACGACAAGGGGGAGAGCAGUGACGGCAAGUCCAAAGUGACCCAUGUCAUGAUCCGCUGCCAGGAACUGAAAUACGAUGUUGGUGGAGGAGAACGGUUUGACUCUUUGACCGAUCUUGUGGAGCAUUACAAGAAGAAUCCCAUGGUAGAAACAUUGGGUACAGUGCUACAACUCAAGCAGCCCCUCAACACAACGCGUAUCAAUGCUGCUGAAAUAGAAAGCCGGGUUCGAGAACUAAGCAAAUUAGCCGAGACCACAGAUAAAGUCAAACAGGGCUUUUGGGAAGAAUUUGAGACACUACAACAACAAGAGUGCAAACUUCUCUACAGCCGUAAAGAGGGUCAGAGGCAAGAAAAUAAGAACAAAAAUAGAUAUAAAAACAUCCUGCCCUUUGACCAUACCAGGGUUGUUCUGCAUGACGGUGAUCCCAACGAGCCCGUAUCAGAUUACAUCAAUGCAAAUAUCAUCAUGCCUGAAUUUGAAACCAAGUGCAACAAUUCAAAGCCCAAAAAGAGUUAUAUUGCCACACAAGGCUGUCUGCAAAAUACGGUGAAUGACUUUUGGCGGAUGGUGUUUCAGGAGAACUCCCGAGUGAUUGUCAUGACAACAAAAGAAGUGGAGAGAGGAAAGAGUAAAUGUGUCAAAUACUGGCCCGACGAGUAUGCUCUAAAAGAAUACGGGGUCAUGCGUGUUAGGAACGUCAAAGAAAGUGCCGCCCACGACUAUACGUUAAGAGAACUUAAACUUUCAAAGGUUGGACAAGCUCUACUCCAGGGGAAUACGGAGAGAACGGUCUGGCAAUACCACUUUCGGACCUGGCCGGAUCACGGAGUGCCCAGUGACCCCGGGGGCGUGCUGGACUUCCUGGAGGAGGUCCAUCAUAAGCAGGAGAACAUCGUGGAUGCGGGACCGGUGGUGGUUCACUGCAGUGCUGGAAUUGGCCGGACAGGGACAUUCAUUGUGAUUGAUAUCCUUAUUGACAUCAUCAGAGAGAAAGGCGUCGACUGUGAUAUUGAUGUCCCCAAAACGAUUCAGAUGGUGCGGUCUCAGAGGUCGGGGAUGGUGCAGACGGAAGCCCAGUACCGGUUCAUCUAUAUGGCCGUCCAGCAUUAUAUCGAAACACUACAGCGCAGGAUUGAAGAAGAGCAGAAAAGCAAGAGGAAAGGGCACGAAUAUACAAAUAUUAAGUAUUCCCUAACGGACCAGACAAGUGGAGAUCAGAGUCCCCUCCCGCCUUGUACCCCAACACCGUCCUGUGCAGAAAUGAGAGAAGAUAAUGCUCGAGUCUAUGAAAACGUGGGUCUGAUGCAGCAGCAGAAAAGUUUCAGAUGAGAAGACCCACAGAGACCUCGACACAGAAAUAGAUGUGGACUUCACCCUCUCCAGAAAAAGAUCAAGAACAGAUGCAAGAAAGUUUAGGUGAAGAAUGAACUUGAAUUUGGAAGGCUUGCGUUGUGGUUAACUGACUACCUUUGGAUAAGCAAAAUUUGAAACCAUUUAAAGACCACUGUAUUCUAACUCAACAAUACCCGAUUUCCAGUUACUCAUUUCCUCAGAUAAGAAGAAAUCAUCUCUACAAUGUACACAGUGUUAUAUUUUAUAGAAUUUUAUUUUCAAUUGAGGAAGCAGUUAAAGUGUGCUCCAUAUUUUACAGAGGGUGGUGAUUCAAAUUCUAGCAUGUUUUUCUUUUUAUAACCUUAACAAAUCUAAUGUUUUUCUCUCUUUGUGGGGGAUGAUAGGGCACUUGUUAGAGGAAAAACGGGGAAAAUUAAGUGACCACAUCCUUCAGAACAAUUUCAUUUCUCAUCCCGUAUCCAGUAGUGGAUAAUUCAUUUUGAUGGCCUCUUUUUUUUGGCUAAAUGAUAAUGAAGUCAGUGCCCCAGACUGUCAGAAGUUGACCAUCUUCCUUUGCAUUGCCAUUAAAAAAUCAUGGG